UAAAUCUGCACACUCACUGCAGCACUUUAUCAAAGUAAAAACGUUUUUGUGAUUAAUGUCGGAGUUUGAGACAUCAGAGCGAAAUGAAUCACUGACCUGGCAGCGCCGUGACGGACGUGUCGACGUCUUUACAGGAAACGCUGCCUGCAGCCAAGGAGGGAGGGCCGGAUUUAUCUUCACUCCCGCCGUCUUCAUCACAUCAGAGGCGUUUCUCAGCAGGCUGAUGAAAGGCAGAGCGGCAGCAGCCGAAGCGGACGGCGGCUUUUAUCGCCUCCCGGCCUCCGUUCCAACAGACAGCGGCGGACAAAUGUCGCUGCUGCUGAGAGAUCCAGAUCAGCCCAAAAACCCAAAGCUUUUGAAAGUGGCCAUAAUCGGCGCCCCGAAUGCCGGGAAGUCGACGUUGACCAAUCAGCUCCUCGGCAGAAAGGUCGUCAAGUGUCCUCCUUAUCAGCAGGGUUCCCACGGUCAUAAAACAUCUAAAAAGUCAGAUUUUCCAAGCCUGGGAAAGUCAU